AGAUAAAGCGAGGGAGUAGCGCCGAGAUCUUCACUCGCCCCAGCUCACUCACCCGGCGUCAGUCAGAGGGAGCAGACGUGAAGUCGAAGUCAUGGCCACGAAAGGACAGGUGAUCAAAUGCAAGGCUGCGAUUGCCUGGGAGAAGCUGAAGCCGCUGAGCGUCGAGGAGGUCGAGGUCGCUCCUCCGCAAAAGGGAGAAGUCAGGAUCAAGAUCCUGGCGACUGGCGUGUGUCACACAGAUGCCUACACCCUGGACGGCCACGAUCCUGAGGGAAUCUUCCCCGUCAUCCUUGGCCACGAAGGAGGAGGCAUCGUGGAGAGCGUGGGGGAGGGAGUGACGUCCGUGAAGGAAGGCGACCAUGUGAUCCCCCUGUACAUCCCCCAGUGCUACGACUGCAAGUUCUGCAAGUCCCCGAAGACCAACCUUUGCGGCCGAAUCAGGGCAACGCAGGGCAAGGGAGUCAUGCCCGAUGGAACCUCACGCUUCACUGCCCGAGGUCAGAAGAUCUUCCACUUUAUGGGUUGCUCCAGCUUCUCCGAGUACACUGUGGUGUCGGAAAUGUCUGUUGCCAAGGUCAACGAAAAAGCCCCCCUGGAAAAGGUAUGCCUGCUUGGCUGCGGCAUCAGCACGGGAUAUGGCGCUGCUCUCAAUACUGCUAACGUCGAGAAGGGGAGCAACGUCGCCAUCUUCGGCCUGGGCGCCGUGGGUCUGGCGGCGGCGAUGGGGUAGGAGCGCGGCGCCAGCAAGAUCAUCGGCGUCGACAUCAAUGAAGCCAAGUUCGAGAUGGCCAAGCAAUUCGGCUGCAACGCCUUCUUGAACCCGCUGAAGGUCCCGGACACAGUGGCCGCCCUCGUCGAGAUGACCGACGGAGGCUGCGACUACACCUUCGAGUGCAUCGGCAACGCGAAGACCAUGCGGCAGGCGCUGGAGGCGUGUCACAAGGGGUGGGGCGAGAGCGUCAUCAUAGGCGUGGCGGCGGCGGGCGUGGAGAUCACCACCAGGCCCUUCCAGCUGGUGACGGGGAGGGUGUGGAAGGGGUCGGCUUUCGGAGGUUUCAAGUCCCGCGAGAGUGUACCCAAGUUGGUCAACGACUACAUGAACGGCAAGGUCAUGGUGGACGAGUUCGUGACCUUCAUGAAGCCUCUGGCGGAGAUCAACGAAGCCUUUGACCUCAUGCACCAGGGGAAGGCGCUCAGAACGGUGGUCACCAUGUAAGGGGGGAUUGAUCACUUACUGGCAGGGGAUUUUUUUUUUUUUUUCAUACGCCUGGUAUUCUCUGAUGAUGGUAAUGGUGUGGUGGUGAUGGUAUGGUGGUGGUGAUGGUGUAGUGUUGAUAAUGAUGAUGUGGGUAAUAGCUCUAAUAACUGGGGUAAUUGUCAUGACAGUAGUGGCAUGCUAAGUGCAAUGCAUUUUCAUUAACGUUAUUUUUAUCUGUUUUGUUUUAUCUGAUUUCUUAUUUAUCGUUAUCAUCAUUAGUAGUUUUGUUGUUAUUGUCAGUAUUAUAAUUUUUUGUUAUCAUUUUUAUUAUUAUCACCAUUACUAUUAUUAUUAUUAUUAUAAUUAUUAUCAUUAUUAUUGUUAUUAUCAUUAUCAUUGUCAUCAUAAUUAUUACUAUCAUCACCAUUACUAGUACCUUAAUUAUUGCUAUCGUCAUUGUUGCUAUGACUGCUAUCAUUAUAAUAUAUCUAAAUAAUAAAUUGCGAGUCAACUAAACGAACACUUUUAGUUUUCAACUUUUAAGAUUUUUUUCAGGUGCUUCGAUCACUUAGAUCAUAUUUUUUAUUUGUUGAUAUAUCACCUGCAUAAUAAUUGUAAAAAUGACAUACUCUGACAAAUUUCUCUGUGAAAGAAUGUGGUGCAUUUACCAAGGAAAUAAAACAAUAUCGCGAG